AUGUCAGAGAUUUGGCAUCUUGUGAAGAAAUCACUUCAUUGCAAACCUCAGUCAUCAGAAGUUCAUGAUCCGAAGGCAAGUAGAGGUACUCAUCAGAGAAAAAAAAUAGACCAGAUUGACAGUUCAAAUGAGGAAAACCAGAGACACUCAGAGAGACGUGUUAGCCAUGAAGUUUUCCUUGAUAGAUCAAGCGGUGAGAUUAUGAUUUGUCCAUGUUGUCCUUGUUCUCAAGGCCAUGAUCAUGAAGAUGGCAAUAAGCCUCAUCCUCCUAGAUCAACCUGCUGCCAGCGAAUUAUAUAUUCAUCUAAAGCAUAUUGUGUUGAUUGUCAUGUUUUCUCAAAGUCAAAGGUGCCACUGGAGAAAGAUUGUUCCAGUGGUCCCCCAUCGUCAAUUCGUCAUCAUGAAUGUGAAGAGAAACUACAAUCUACUGACUUUGCUGAACAACAUGAUGAUAAUAUCGCUGAACACUCAGUGAUCCAACUUGAGAGAGAAAGCUCAUCUUGCAAGAUCAUCGAACAAAUAUGCCAAGGUAGCGACAUGAAUUCCGAAAGCAAGAUUGAAUGUGUGUUGAGAGUGGAGAACAAGAAGGAAACCUUUGCUUGCUUCGAGGAAUGUAGAGAAAUGGUAAGGGUGAAAGCUGAAAGGGUCCAAAACGAUCACCCACGAUGUUUGGUCGAUGGAAACGAGUUAUUGAGAUUUCAUGGCACAACCAUUGCAUGCUCCCUCGGCUCGAAUGCCUCUUCUACCCUUUGCACUUUAGAUGAAUGUGGCGUGUGCCAAAUUCUGAGGCAUGGUUUCUCCGCCAACCAAGAAUUUCAUGGUUCACUUGGGGUUUACACCACUUCCACUAGUGCAAAAGCCAUUGAUUCCAUUUGCAUCACACCCAAUAAUAAUUUUGUCAUGAGAAAGUCUGUUAUGGUGUGCAAAGUGAUAGCUGGGAAGAUCUAUAAUCCUCUUCAAGAGAUCAAGGAAAUGACCGAUCCUGGGUUUGAUUCUUUGGUCAAGAAAAUACUUGACCAAUCAGAGAUUGAAGAACUCAUUGUUUUAAAUCCUAGAGCUGUGCUCCCUUGCUUUUUGGUAAUCUACAAUUUCUGA